UGACAUCCACACAUCCGCCUGUGGAUCCCGGAAGCAGAAGUCGCUAGACAUAAACGAUAACGCAGCGUCUUGAUACACUGUUAAGUAGAUUAUUCUCAAAUCUAGCGAUCUUCAUGCACAUUAAAGACCUCUUAAUGACUCUGUAGCGGCGGAACACGCUGUUAAAGAUUUAAAGAUCUGCUGGAUUUGGCAUUGUUUAUUGAUUGUGAUUAAAUCAUCAGAGAUCUGAAUACACUGCGAGUCAUCAGAUGUAACAGAUGAGAGACUGUCACACAAGCAUCAGAUAAACACAGUCUCUGAUUUCCCAGCAUGCAGUGCGCAGCCUCCCAUCCUCAGGACCCCUCACAGGCGAGCGGUGACCGGGCUGAACUGACCCAGCUGCCCUCCACAGACAGCACCUCUGACCUGGGCAGCCCCAGAGCGCUGACCUUUGACCUGCUUAACAUGGUGAUCUCCUUCAAGCGGAUGGCCAUCUUCCUGGAGCCCGUUACAGACUCGCUGGAGGUGCUGCGCUACCUGCUCGGGUGGAGGAUGCCACUGUGCUCCCUGUUCAGUUGCGUUCUGCUCAACAUCCUCUUCCUCACUCUGAGUGAAGGUGCGUGGGUCGCUCUGCUGCUGCUGGUCGUCUCCACUCCGGCUGCGCUGGGGUACCUUGGCAACCGUUGCCAGGGCACGAGCUGUGAGGUGACGGUUCAGAAGAAGCAGCACUUUGCCGUGCAGCGGCGAGAACUGAAGAUGGUCCACAUGAGCAAACAGGAGGCCAUGCUGGAGGUCAAGGACAUGCUGAAACGAAUAGAUGACCUUCUGACCCUGGCGUGUGUGUAUGCAGAAUCCGUGUAUAAAGUGUUAUACUGGGAGAGUCACGCCAUGUCCUCCAUGUUUUACGGUUCUCUCCUGACGGCGCUUUGUUUGCUGUAUUUGGUUCCUGUGGGUUUGAGUCUGUCUGUGCUCAACAGCGCCCUCUUUCUGUGGAACAGGAACUUCUACAGAGUUCUUUUGGAGCUGAAGGAGGGUGUUCACCCGAGUCGGGUCCGGCCUGUGCAGGAAACUGAACCAUGUGACCCAGAUCAGGCAAGCCUGCUAGAAAGCACACCCACUCCAACCAGUGUGGAGUCUCAGUCUCCUGGCAACAUUGAAGAGGCAGAGGAGGCGGAGCCUGAUGAUGAGUUUAAAGAUGCAAUUGAGGAAUCUCAGCUUAUUCUGCCGGAAACUCCUCUGGCUUUAGUGGUGUGGCCUGUAUCUUAUUUGCUACCAAAGAUUCUGAGGAGAUGGAGAGCCCAUAAGGAUGAUGAGGAGGUGUCUUCUGGUGUUCCUGAGUUUGACACCGUGUCUGAUAACGGCCUGUUGAGCAGGAACGAGCCCAUCCGCAGUAAAGUGUCCAAACUCACUGAGAAACUUCGCAAGCGAGUCCCUGCCAACGCCACCGGCAACUGUUUCCAUUGCAGUUCAGCGUUUUCUGUUUUAAAGAAAAGGAGAAACUGCAGUAACUGUGGUGUCAGUUUUUGUUCCCGCUGUUGCUCAUAUAAAGUGUUGAGAUCCAGUAUGGGAGCCACAGCUCCUGAGGCCCAAAGAGAGACUGUGUUUGUUUGUUCUAUGUGUAAUACUUUCCUCAGCACCAAGUAAUUAAAUAAUGUUCCACCAUUGCAAUCCUGUAAAAGAGGCUUCAGCGAUUCUUGAGGUUUCAUUCUUCCCCUGCGGAGCAUUUCACAUGGAGGACCAAAAUCCUGCCGCUUCUGUUGCCUCAACUCUCUUCCCGAGGUUCCUCAAGAGUUGUUUGCCUGUCGAAAACUUGUGUCCCCUACCUGGGCUCCUUUAAUGGUGACUUUUUCCUUGGAAUAUGCUGCUUUCCACUUCCACCGCUAAUAUUUAUCAAAGCUUCACACCAAGAUUGAUUGGUUUACUUAGAAGUCACUAUACUGUGAAAUCAAAUAUUGUACUUUCAUCAACUCUUAUUAUGGCUUCACUUUCCAGAAUGAGCCCUUGGUGGGAUUUAAUUUGAAUAGCAAGGGCCCUGUUUAUCUGUUAUUAUAAUCAUCCUAUAGAGGAGAACAAGACCAUGAAAAUUAUGUUGGUUAUUUAUUGCAUUAGAUGCCAAAACCAAUCGAUCUGCGCAUUUUAGAUGGCUUCUCUAUAUUGUUCCACAUACUGUAAAAUCUGAUUAGUUGGUAUCAAUAACUUAAGAAAAUGAAUUUGUUUAAUUCUCUCAUUAAACAUUUAGACCAAUCAGUUACAAUUCAACCUUUUGCUAGCUGCUUAUCUGCUUAGACCCAUAAUUUAUUUGUGUAAUUCUGUCUCCGAAAAGCUUUAAUUUAUAUAUUGAUGUAUGUUUGUUGUUGGAACGUCCUCAGAAAGCAUUUAUAUUAAAUAAUCAUAUUAGUGUAUCAUAUCCGCACAAGAGUUCUCCUGCUCACAUUAAUGAAAGAAUGAGCUAUGUUCCUGUCAUUUUAUUCGUCUUUAAGCCCAGGUUGAAUGUAAAACCAGUGUUUUUAUGGUUAUAGAUCGAUGUAUGUCGUACUGCUGUUAUCCUCUGUUUCCUUGGUUACAUCUUCUGUUACAUUAAUAAACAAUCUGAAUUUGAA